CUGGCCAGGGCUGGGGCCUUCCUGGUUAGACUUACGGCCGCUCCUGACCCGAGUAGCCAGGAACUCUCCGUGUGCCGGCUGCCGUUUGAGAAAAACCCACUUCCCGGGUCUGGGAGGGAGAAGUCCGCGAUGACGUGCCCCCUGGGGCGGAAGCCCCGCCCCUGCCGGUGCCCCACUCCAGGCCGAGGCCCCAAGGCGAUCCAGGCCUGAUUUUCCCACCAGCGCCAGAGCUCUUGCUCCUGCGCCGUUUGGCUCGCCGGCCGCUCCGCCGCUUCGGGUCCGGGACUGACGCCAGCACUCAGGCGCUGGCGGCUUGCGAGUCGGCCUCGCAGCUCAGUGGAAGCUGCACGCGGCCUGUCUGAAAAUCAAGAUCUUCAGUUUAGAUCUUGGAGGCAUAUCAACUGUGGUUCUAAAUGGCUAUGAUAUAGUAAAGCAAUGCCUUGUUCAUCAAAGUGAAAUUUUUGCAGACAGACCAUGCCUUCCUUUAUUCAUGAAGAUGACAAAAAUGGGAGGCUUACUCAAUUCCAGAUAUGGCCGAGGAUGGGUGGAUCACAGAAGAAUAGCUGUAAACAGCUUUCGAUAUUUUGGAUAUGGCCAAAAGUCUUUUGAAUCUAAAAUCUUAGAAGAAACCAAAUUUUUCAUUGAUGCUAUUGAAACAUACAAAGGUAGACCUUUUGACUUUAAACAAUUAAUAACAAAUGCUGUUUCAAACAUAACCAAUCUGAUUAUUCUUGGAGAACGAUUCACUUACGAAGACACUGAUUUUCAGCACAUGAUUAAGUUAUUUAGUGAAAACGUGGAACUAGCUGCCAGUCCCUCAGUCUUCUUAUAUAAUGCUUUUCCAUGGAUUGGCAUCCUACCUUUUGGAAAACAUCAACAGCUCUUUAGAAAUGCAGCUGUGGUCUAUAAUUUUCUCUCCAGACUUAUUGAAAAAGCUUCAGUCAGCAGAAAGCCUCAGUUACCUCAGCAUUUUGUUGAUGCUUAUUUAGAUGAGAUGGAUCAAGGUAAAAAUGACCCAUCAUCUACUUUCUCCAAAGAAAACCUAAUUUUCUCAGUGGGUGAACUCAUCAUUGCUGGAACAGAAACUACAACCAAUGUGCUACGGUGGGCAAUUCUUUUCAUGGCCCUUUAUCCUAAUAUUCAAGGACAAGUUCAGAAAGAGAUUGAUUUAAUUAUGGGCCCCAAUGGGAAGCCUUCUUGGGAAGACAAAUGCAAAAUGCCUUAUACUGAGGCAGUUUUGCAUGAAGUUUUAAGAUUCUGUAACAUAGUUCCAUUAGGGAUUCUCCAUGCAACCUCUGAAGAUACAGUUGUACGUGGUUAUUCCAUUCCUAAAGGCACAACAGUAAUUACAAAUCUUUAUUCUGUACACUUUGAUGAAAAGUACUGGAGAGACCCAGAAGUAUUCCAUCCUGAGCGAUUUCUGGACAACAGUGGAUAUUUUGCCAAGAAGGAAGCUUUGAUUCCUUUUUCCCUAGGGAGAAGACAUUGUCUUGGAGAACAGUUGGCUCGGAUGGAAAUGUUUUUUUUUUUUACAGCAUUACUUCAGAGGUUUCAUUUGCAUUUUCCACAUGAACUAGUUCCAAAUCUGAAGCCUAGGUUAGGCAUGACGUUGCAGCCCCAACCAUACCUCAUCUGUGCCAAAAGACGCUGAUAGUGCCUGGAUGUUUUGGGGAACAAGGAUGUAUAUCGCCUUACGCCUGAACUUUGUUUAAUCAAAUCAGUGUGUGUAUUAGAAUAAAAGUCACAGCAUUAUAAAGCCAAA